CGACGAGGCCCUGACUUCCGCGCCCCGGCGUCCGGCGGGGCGGCCUGGUCACCAUGGCGGGACUGGAUCCCGGCCCGGCCGUCCCCGUGUGGCUGGUCGAGGACGACCUGGGCUGCAUCAUCUGUCAGGGGCUGCUCGCCACGCCCGCUACGCUGCCCUGCGGCCACAGCUUCUGCCGCGAAUGCCUGAAGGGCCUGUGGGCCGCGGGUAGCGCCAGCCCCCCGCGCUCCUGCCCCACCUGCCGGGAGAGCGCCCCGGCGCCGCUGCAACUGCGGAAGAACACGCUGCUGCAGGAGCUGGUGGACAAGUACAGCCGGGCGCUGCGCGAGGCAGCGGCACAGAAGAGCAUCCCAGAAGUUGGGCGUGAGCUGGCGGAGUUGGUGGAACAGCUCGUAGACAUUGUCAGGAGUCUUCAGAGUCAGAGGCACCUCCCCGAAUCCAGACCAGGCAAUGAAGGGAGCACCCCGAGCAUGUGCAUGUCUUCUUCUGGUGGGGUGGACCUUUCCUUGGCUUCUUCAAAGCCAGUGACUUCCAACACACCCGAGAGAAAAACGAGAGACAUUCUACAUGACCUAGAAGAAAUCCAGAAGAAAUUACAGAAAAACUUCACGUGGAAAGAGGCCUUUGAAGAACAGCCGCAGGUCCCAGAAGCUCCCUAUUCCUCUUCAUGUCCGCUGCCUGACCAGAGCCACCCAGCCCCCAAGAGGGCCUCCCGGUUUGCUCAGUGGGCCAUCUGUCCGACCUUUGACCUUCGCAGCCACUCCUAUACCCUGGAGGUGUCCAAGGAUGGCCGGGCCGUGACUGUAUCUCGCUGUCCACAGACCCAUCUUGGGAGUCAUGAGAGGUUUGUGACCUGCCAGGCCUUAUGUUCCCAGGCCUUUUCUUCUGGACAGCAGUACUGGGAAGUAGACACUCAGCAUUGCAGCCACUGGGCAGUUGGGGUGGCUUCCUGGGGGAUGAAGCGGACCCAGAUCCUGGGAAGGACCAGGGACUCCUACUGUGUAGAGUGGAAGGGGACUAGCCAGCUCUCUGCAUGGCACAUGGUCAAGGAGACUGUCCUUGGCUCAGAGAGACCUAAGGUGGUGGGCAUCUGGCUGGACCUGCAGGAGGGGAACCUUGCCUUCUAUUCAGUGGCUGAUCAGGAGACGCUUCUGUAUGAGUGCCCGGUCUCAGCCUCCUCUCCUCUGCACCCCGCCUUCUGGCUCUAUGGCUUAAAUCCUGGAAACUCUCUGACUAUAAGACCAGUAAGGGUGUAAGGGUUCCCUGGGUGUCAGAACCUGGUGGUUUCCUGGCCUCUCCCUCUGCUUUCAAGCUGGUGGCACCUCGACAAGAGUCCCACUUCCAGAGUUAAUGGGUGCGCCAUAAAGGGCUAACUGCAGGCUUGGGAUGGGCAGACUGCACAUUCCCAAGAGAGCGUGGGCCCUUGACUAGUUGCUGGGAGGCAACCCCUAAGCCCUUGGGGUAUCCUGCCUGAUAAGAGUGUUUGUUCGCUGGAGGGUCUUGGGCCAGGAGGUAUCAGCUUGACCUCUAGAGGGACUGGAGACUAAGGCCUGCCCAUGUGGUUGACCCCCAGGAAAAGCCUGGGCACCAAAGCUUGGGGGAGCUUCCCUGGUUGGCAGUCUCCUUGUACAUUGUCACACAUUGUCACUAGGAGAAUUAAUACUGUUGUGUGACUCCAUGGGGAAGGAGAGUUGGUGUCUCUUUGGCCUGUGUCCCAUGUGCCUUUUUCUCCUGCAGAUUUUAAUCUGUAUCCUUUCACUGUAAUAAAUUGUAACCAAGACUACAA